AUGGAAAUGACACUACAGUCGAAUGUUGUUCAACCAUUGCUCACUGAUCGUUAUCAAAUUUCAAUGGCCUAUGCUUAUUGGAAAAAUGGCAAACAUGAACAGGAAUCUACAUUUGACCUUUUUUUUCGCAAGAAUCCUUUUGGUGGUGAGUAUACAUUAUUUGCUGGUCUUGAAGAAUGUUUAAAAUUCGUUCAAAAUUACAAAUUUCAAAAGCCGGACAUUGAUUAUCUCCACAAAAUACUACCUAAUUAUACUGAAGAAGAAUUUUACGAUUAUCUAUCGACAAUUGACAUGACUGAUAUUAAAAUCUAUGCAGUACCUGAAGGUUCAGUAGUAUUUCCUCAAAUACCAUUGCUUCGCGUCGAAGGAUCUAUUCUAAAAGCGCAAUUACUUGAAACGACCCUUCUGACACUCAUAAAUUAUGCUAGUUUAGUUGCUACCAAUGCCGCUCGACUUCGUGAAGUAGCAGGACCCAAUACGAGACUAUAUGAGUUUGGGCUACGACGUGCACAAGGUCCAGAUGGAGGUCUGAGCGCUUCAAAAUAUUGCUAUUUAGGUGGAUUCCAUGGUACAUCAAAUGUAUUAGCCGGUAAAUUGUAUGGAAUUCCGAUUGAAGGAAACCACAUACAUUCAUAUGUAAGCGCAUUUCAAAAUCUUGAUGAAUUGAAAAUUCGAGUAUUACCUGAUCGGAUCACUGGUGCAUCAUGCCCAUUUGUCGAAUCUUGUGAGAAAUAUCUUGAUGAGCUUGGACCAAUACUGAAAAUUUCUCCAAACCAAACAAAUAAAGGCGAACUAGCCGCAUUUAUUUCCUAUGCUAUUUCGUUUCCUUCUAACUUCUCAGCAUUGGUCGAUACGUACAAUGUUAUUCAGUCUGGUGUACCAAAUUUUUUGGCUGUCGCUCUUUCAUUACAUGAAUGUAAUUAUAAAGCUGUUGGUAUUCGUUUGGACUCAGGUGAUCUAGCCUAUCUAUCGAUGAAAGUAAGAGCGAAUUUGACUGAAAUCGCUCGAAAAUUCAAUAUACCAUAUAUUGAACAUAUGACUAUUGUUGCAAAUAAUAAUAUCAAUGAAGAUACACUGAUUUCAUUGGAAAAACAAGGACAUUCAAUUAAUGCAUUUGGUAUUGGCAGACAUUUGGUUACAUGCGAAAAACAACCGGCACUCGGAUGUGUCUAUAAAUUAGUCGAACUGAAUGGGAUACCACGUAUCAAAGUAAGUCAUGAUAUUGAAAAAAUAACGAUACCUGGCCGAAAAAGUCUCUACCGCUUGUACGAUUCUGGUGGCGAAGCUAUCUGUGAUUUGAUGACUAGAUUUGACGAGCCAGCACCAACGGCCAAUUCUCGACUACUUUGUCAACAUCCGUUUUCUGAAACGAAACGUGCUUAUGUUACUCCAUCAUCGGUAAAAUGUAUGCAUAGAUUGUAUUGGGCCAAUGGUAACAUUCAACACCCACUGCAGACAUGGGACGAGGUUCGUCUUUAUGCUGAACAACAAAUCAAAAUGCUGCGUAAAGAUCAUCGACGAAACCUUAAUCCGACACCUUACAAAGUGUCAGUUUCUAAUAGUCUCUAUUUGUUCUUACAUGAACUUUGGCUGAGUAGUGUGCCUAUUAGUGAAUUUGCCUAG